UUAUCUCAAACUGACCAUUGAGUUCAAACAUGAACAUGUUUAAAUAACCACAUGACAAUCUUCAUUGUUUAUAAAUAAAACUGUGGUCACUGAAAGGGAAAUGGUUGGAGAUAUCAUUUGAAAUUAAUUCUGUUUAUGUUUGAGCAAAUAACAUUUCUAUAGAAGAUCUAUCUUAAACCCAUACGACGGAAAUGGACAGCAGUGCCGUUUUAUGUGCUUUACUUGAACAAUUGAUAAAAAAAAUAUGGAUUUACACCAUGUGUUAAUUAAAAGAAAACAUUUCAAUAUAACAGACACACAAACAUGAAUGAACUUCUUACAAACUUGAAGCCAAAAUCAAAAUUGAAUGACAAGACAGACUUGUACUGGACACUUAAUGGUAAAGGAUCUUCAAUACCAGAAAUCUCUAGAAUAAAGUAUUACGUAAAACUGAUACUGCUUGGAGAUUCUACUGUAGGAAAAUCUUCUUUACUCAGAUCCUACUGUAAAUGUUCUUUGUGUUCUCAAGACUUAGUACUACAGAAAAGACUUACUGCAAUCCAACGGUGCCACAAUAAACAAAUACAACUACAUGACAGUCAUGUUCAACUGAGGAUUUUUGACACAGCAGGAGAAGAAAGAUACAGAAGUAUAACACCAUCCUAUUACAGAGGAGCUCAUGGUUGUCUAUUGAUGUUUGAUGUCACUAAAACCCAUACCUUUGAACAUAUACCCUUGUGGUUUCAAGAUCUACAACAGUAUGCUCUUCAUCCAGAAAACUUAGUGAUAAUUCUUGUUGGCACAAAAUGCCAUGACAAUGAGAAAAGGGAGGUAACCAGAGAAAAGGCUGAAGCACUUGCCGAGCAUCUUGAUAUUAUGUAUAUUGAAAUAAGUUCUGAAAAGGAGAUAAAUAUCUCAGAAGUUUUUGAAAAACUGACAGCAAAAAUAAUAGAAACAUUCAGAAAAGACCCAAAGGUGUACUCAACUGCUGAUAUCACUUGCCUCAUUGGAAAACAAGACAGAAGAAAUGCUCAAGAAAAAGACAAAUGCUCUUGCUAAUUUUUAACUUUGAAUCAAGAAUUUUUUGAUUUUUUUCUAUCAUUGCAAAAAUUGUGACAGGAAAGAUUUCGCAAAAAUUAGAAAUUGAAUUUCAAAUUUUGAAAACAUUAUUCAAAUUAGGCAUUUCCUCCAGAUUGUUAUAUACAUUUGUAAUUGUCCAUUAACAAUACAUAGUAAUAAUUGCUGAAUCUAAAUAAAGUCGAAGGGCAUUGAAGUAUGAUAUAGCAAUUUUACCUGACCAUAUUGGGAAGUAGGU